UUAUAAAAGUUAUGCUGCCGUAUGUUUUACAUCAGUAUCUGUUAGAAAUGUGGACAUUGUCUCUAGUUACUGUUCUUGCCGUUGGCAUUGCGGCCGUUACAGGCCAAAAGGACUUUAAAGUAAUCGUAGGAGGAGUAGAAACUUCAAUUGAAAAUCAUCCAUACACAGCAGCGCUCUUGUACACCGCGGACUUGGCAUUCUACACUCAAACUUGUGUUGGAACUGUUCUUAACAGCAGAGCUGUGUUGUCCAUUGCACAAUGUUUCUAUGAAGAUGAGGCUCAUUCCUGGCGUAUACGUGUAGGUUCUAACUACGCUAACAGUGGUGGUAUCGUCCACAUCACGUCCCGUAUCGUUAGCCAUCCAGAUUUCAACUUUUACCAAUUCACCAAUGACAUAGCUCUAUUACACUCCGUCUCGACGUUGACCAGCAACUCCGUUCGCCCCGCCAGCAUCGCAGGACCCAAUUAUAUCGUUCAAGACAACCAUCCACUGCUAGUUGUGGGAUGGGGUAAGAGCUCGGCUAACGCAACAGCUUCUGAGAGGAUAAGACACAUUCAAGUAAAUAACAUCAACAUGAACACGUGCAGAAGUACUUACGUCAUACUUGCGAUGUAUCCCGAUAACAACAUGAUGUGCUCUGGCUGGCUUGACACGUACCGAGGCAAGGAGUGUCAGGGGAGAGCUGGCGGUCCUGUGGUCCACAACAAUGUCAUAGUCGGCGUCACCUCAUGGGGUGAGCAAUGUACCCUCAACCACUACCCCGGAAUCAGCACUCGCAUUUCCAGCUACACGCCUUGGAUUCAAGCUAACGCGUAAUAUCGAGAUUGUAAAUUAAAAAAGUAAAGA